AGCCAAACCAUUCUACGUACGUGGUCCAAACUUAUUUCACCCAACAGUAACCAACGCUACCUUACCUUAUAUUCCUUACUCUCUCUAUCUGUCUAAAUUCUUUUUCAAAUAUGCUCAAAAUCUCUGCUUCUUUCUCACGAAAAUGUCUACAAAAUUUCAAGGAAACUCUUAUUUCAUCAACGAGUGCAGUUGUUUUCUUAUUCCUUGACUUCGUCGACGUUGUUUUUUGCGUAUUCUUCAGAUUGAUAGAUGAAUUCUUGGAAGGUAAAAGGUCACAAUGUUACUGUUUCAUAGAAAAAGAAGAAGAAAAAAGUGUUACUACUGAUAUUGAUGGAGAGAAUGAAUUGUCAGAGACUCUUUAUAAACGGAGAAAUGUAUUUAGGGAAAUGGGAUUUCUCAGAAAUUGUAGUAGGAAGAAAGAAUGGAGAAAAGUAAACGAAAAUGUGAGAUGGUCUGAUUGUGGUUGUAAAAAUUGUGUUUCAUGGAUGAGUAAUGAAGCAGAAUUGAAGCUUCAUGUUGUUAUCAAAGAACCAGACCGAGCUAGCUUACAGGAUUUCAAAGGCAAGAAGGCAGAAAAUAUAGUAUUUUUACAUGGUUUUAUCUCAUCUUCCUCAUUCUGGACAGAAACAGUUUUCCCAAAUCUCUCUGAAGAUGCAAAGCAGAAAUACAGAUUGUUUGCAGUUGACUUAUUGGGGUUUGGAAAAAGUCCAAAACCAAACAAUUGCUUGUACACACUUAAAGAUCAUAUAGAAAUGAUUGAAAGAUCAGUGAUUCAUCCAUUUGAGUUGAAUUCAUUUCAUUUAGUUGCACAUUCAAUGGGCUGUGUGCUAGCAUUAGCAUUAGCUGCAAAAUUUCCUAACUCAGUCAAAUCAAUCACCUUAAUAGCUCCGCCUUAUUUCACUUCAGCAAAGGAGGAUGCUAGUUUAAUAGCACUUAACAGACUUGCAGAGAGACGAUUGUGGCCACCUUUGUUAUUUGGUUCAUCAAUUAUGUCUUGGUAUGAACACUUGGGCAGAUGUGUAUGUUACAUCAUCUGCAAAAACCACAGAAUGUGGGAAGGAAUUCUGAAGUUACUAACUUGGAAUAGGAACCUACAUUUUAUGGCAAUUGACUUGACAAGGCACACUCAUCAUUCAGCUUGGCAUACUAUGCAUAAUGUGAUAUGUGGGGGAGCAAAAUUUAUGGAUAAAUAUUUGGAAACUCUAAGUAUAGCCAAAGUGAAAAUCAAUGUUACACAGGGUAGUAGGGAUCAAGUAGUGCCAUUGGAAUGCAGUAACAAUGUAAAGAUGAAAGUGCCAAAUGCAGAGGUAAAAAUAGUUGCAAAUGCAGAUCAUAGUUCUGUAGUCAUAGGUAGAGAAAAAGAUUUAUGUAAUGAUUUAGAGAAGUUUUGGGUGUCAAUCAACAAGAGGGAAGAUGAGGAUAUGCAUAUCAGAAAUGGGAAUUUAACUUAGUUUUUGAUUGUUUAAGAUACAAUUUCUCCUUUUGUAAGACAUUCUAUAUUGUCAAACUAAAAAUGAGUAUAAUUUCCACAUAUUCAAUCCA